AUGAAUAUAAAUUCAUCAUAAAAUAUAAAUGAUUAAAGUAGUAAAAUACCAUAAUAUCAAAAAUAUGGAUUUAAUUAAAAAGAAUUAAAUUUAUUAAAAAUAAGGUAUAAUAUAUAUAUAUAUAUAUAUAUAUAUAUAUAUAUAUAUAUAUAUAUAUAUAUAUAUAUAUAUACAUAUAUAAUACUUCAUUUUCAUAGAUUUGAUAAAAUUUCUGUAAAAGGAAAACUUACUAAAGAAAACUUUAUUGAUAGUUUAGGAAUUAUGGGUUUUGACAAUUCCUUCGUUGACCGUAUAUUUAAUUUAAUUGAUACAAAAUAGUAAGGUAAUGUUGAUUUUGAAGAUUUUGUUUAGUAUUUAUCUAUUUUAAUGAAUGGAAGUCAAGAAGAAAAAGCCAUGUUUUCAUUUAAUAUUCUAUCUAACAAAAAAGAUAAGAUAACAUAUGAAGAUAUCGAAAAACUAGUUUUCGAAGUUUCAUAUUUAUGGAAUAAUAUGACUGGUUCAAAAUCUAUACCAACACAAGAAUACAUUGAACAUAUUUUCAAUAUUUUUGAUUAUGAUAGAGAUGGAGAAGUUUCUUUUGAAGAGUAAAAAAUAUUUAUAAUUAAAUUAAUAAAUAAAUUAAUAAGUUAUUUUAUAAUAUAUUCUAUAUAAUAAGAAAUGUUCGGAUGGUUUGAAUUUUUAAACAAUGAGGAUAUUAAUAUUUAGUAAAUGUUAGAAGAAUAUAGAAGAAGUUAAUUAUUGAAGAGAAAAAAAUAAAGAAGUAAUAAUUAAAUUAAAAAAAAAGAAGAUAUUGCUUCUUUAUAAAUUGACAAUUUAAAUAUUAAAGCGAAUUUGAUUAAAUUACGUGUAAAUGAAAUACAGAAAUAUUUAUUAGAGUCCUUAGAUAUAAUUAGAGAUUAUAAAAAUAAGAAAAAAAAUUAAAAUAUUAAAUCUUCUUCUUCUAUUUCUAUUUUUUCUUAAGUAAAUUUUUAUGUUCCUUUAAGUAAAAUAGCAGAUGUAGAUCCAAAUGAAGAUGAAUGCUUUGAAGAAAGUUUAUAAAUUUAGUAAUUAUUGAAUUAAAAAUUAUUAAGUGAUAACAAUUCUAUUAACUAAGAUGAGUAAUGGAGGAAAAAAUUGACUAAUAAGUUAAAAAAUAUAAUUAACAUUUCGUAAAAAUUAAGAAAAACAUUAAAUAAAAAAAAUAAUUAAAAUUAAUUUAUUAAUAUGUUUGUCAAUUUAUUAAUUUUUUUUAUGUUAAAAAAAAGAGUCGUUACAUCAUCUCCUAAAAAUAAUAAAUAAAUUAAAUUAUUAUAUGAUUAAAUAGAUGGAAUAAGGAGAAAUUUAUCGAUUUAUUUUGGUCAUUAAAAUUGGUCUUUAGUUUUAAAUAUGAUGAUUGGAAUAAGAAGAGCUAUUAAAGAAUUACAUCCUUUAAAUUAUAAAGUAGAUAUAAAUGAUGAUCAUUUUUCGAAUAAAUGUAUGUAUGAUUUAUCGAAUAAAAGGGCAGCUAAUUUCGAUAUUACUAAAAGUUGUGUAUUUUAUGAUUAUGCGCCUAUUAUUUAUGAAAAAAUUAGAAUUUCUUAAGGGAUUACUAAUGAAUAAUAUUAAAGAUCAAUUGGACCUGAAGGGCUUUUAGGAAAUCUUAUUAUGGGAAAUUUAAAUAAUUUAACUGAAAAAUGUAGUUCUGGAAAAAGUGGAUCAUUUUUUUAUUAUUCUUAGGAUGAUUAGUUUAUGUUAAAAACUAUUUCUAGAGAUGAAUUUUUUUUUUUUAGGAAAAUUCUAAAACCUUAUUAUGAACAUCUUAUUUCGAAUUUCAACACAUUAAUAACUAAAACUUAUGGUUUACAUAAAAUGAAAAUAUUUAGUUCUAAAAAGAAAUCUAAAUAUAUUUAUUUCUGUAUAAUGGGAAAUCUAUUUAAAAAUAAUAGAUAUGUAGAUAUAAGAUAUGAUUUGAAAGGUUCUAAAUAUGGAAGAACUUAAAGAACAAUAAAAAACUAAUAAUUAGACCCAAGCAUUGCAUUAAAAGAUAAUGAUUGGAUUGAAGAUAAAAGGAAAAUAGAAAUAAAUGAUAAAGAUAAAAAAAUAUUAAGUAUUUAAUUAGAAAUAGAUACUAGAUUUUUUUAAGAUAAUUAAAUUAUUGAUUAUUCUUUAUUGGUUGGAUUUUCUUAAUUAAAAGAUAAUGGAGGAAUAUUAAGUAAGGAUAAAGAUAAAAUUAUAUAUAUAGGAAUAAUAGAUAUAUUAACAUAAUUUACUUCAUUUAAAAAAUUUGAAAAUGUUGUAAAAAAGACAUUUUUAAGUUAAGAUAUAAGUUGUAUUCCUCCAAAAGAAUAUG